UCCUGAAUUCCAGGCAUGUGCCUCGGCUUCUGCACCAAGGAGGAGGACAUAGUGUGCCUGUUGCCAAGGGAGAGGCUCUUCUGGACAACCCAUUCGGGGAAGAGCUGUGCUUCUUACCUGGGGUCCCAGUGCCCAGCAUCCUUAUCGGUGGCUCCACAGGUGUUGGGAUUUGAGAUCGACGCGGUGAACUCUGUCCAGUUUUCAAAUCACACAGGCUAUGCCCACUGGAAGGGUCAGGUGCUGAAUGCCCAUGAGCUGCAGGAGCUGUACGAAGGCCUGAAGCUGAACAGCGUGAACAAGUACGACUACGUGCUCACGGGUUACACCCGGGACAAGUCCUUCCUGGCCAUGGUGGUGGACAUCGUGCGGGAGCUGAAGCAGCAGAACUCCAGGCUCGUGUACGUGUGCGAUCCCGUGAUGGGCGACAAGUGGAACGGCGAAGGCUCCAUGUACGUUCCCGAGGACCUCCUCCCGGUGUACAGAGAGAAGGUGGUGCCCGUGGCGGACAUCAUAACCCCCAACCAGUUUGAGGCCGAGUUGCUGAGUGGCAGGAAGAUCCACAGCCAGGAAGAAGCGCUAGCGGUGAUGGACGUGCUGCAUGCCAUGGGCCCCGACACAGUGGUCAUCACCAGCUCCGACCUGCCUUCCUCGCGGGGCAGUGACUACCUGAUCGCACUGGGCAGCCAGAGGAUGAAGCGGCCUGAUGGCACCACAGUGACCGAGCGCAUCCGGAUGGAGAUGCGCAGGGUGGAUGCUGUCUUCGUGGGCACCGGGGACCUCUUUGCUGCCAUGCUCCUGGCGUGGACACACAAGCACCCUGACAGCCUCAAGGUGGCUUGCGAGAAGACCGUGUCAGCCAUGCACCACGUUCUGCAGAGGACCAUCCGGUGCGCAAGAGCCCAGGCUGGGGAGGGACAGAAGCCCAGCCCAGCACAGCUGGAGUUGAGGAUGGUGCAGAGCAAGAAGGACAUCGAGGACCCAGAGAUCGUCGUCCAGGCCACGGUGCUCUGAGGUCACCCACUCACCCAGCGCACAGCAUGUCCCUGUUUUCAUCCUUGUGACAGUGUGACGUCUGCCUUAGUGCCAUGACUGACUUGCCUUCCAUCUGUGAGUGUCGGGCAUCGUGGGUCCCGAUGGUGAAACCUGCCAGUGUGCUUUUCAAAAGUAACAAGCGAUCACGGGAAUUUGUGAUCUGGAAACCCGACCCCUCCCCCAAGGCCUCGGGACUCCUGACUGCCCUCCGUGGGCCGCUGGCUGCCACUGCCCCACGGAACCCCUGUCCCGCGUGGGCUGGGCCCAUGAAGGCUUCUGUCCGCGUCUUGGAUGGUUCGGGUCUCAACCUUGAGCAUCUGGAAGAAUCAUGCCAGAUUCCUGUGUUGUCCUUCUGGUUGUCCCCUCUCGGUUCCUGCGCUGGAACUGUCCUAGUCUGCUGCGUGCCGCGUCCCUGGGGUCUGGCCUCACGCAGCUAUACAGCUGCUCACGUCCACACGCUCAGACACACUGGCGUGUGGUCACCGCACAGGGGCCUCUCCAGGGCCCAGUGAAUUCCAGUCAGUCUGCAGUCCUCACGGGUAUCAGUGGGACUCCUGUGACUCGGGAACAACUUCUGGGGACCUGCCGUGUGUCGGGAGGGACGUGCUGGUACAGCAGGGCCGCCCCUGGCCAAGGCAGCUGGUGGAGUUGGAGAAAGGUGCCCUGUGGGUUCCUUGGGAGCGUCCUCCAUCUGUCGUGUGCCACUUAGGCCGUGGGUCUGCUGCCCACCGUGGUGACACUGCAUGGGGCCACAUGUGUGGGGUGCAGGACGAGGCGGUGUCCGCUGUCCCCUCUUGCCACUUCAUCCCCCUCUUCCUUGUCUGUGCCGGCUGCUUGCUGGAGACAGGCGCUGGAGCUCGAUGCUGGUGGUCGGCUCGGACCCCGUGGGCCGCCGUGGUGGAGGCCAGCAGCCCAGCCCCAGUCCAGCUGUCUGCUGCUCAAGGUGACCACUCGGGCGAGGCAAGUGGGGCUGCUUGUCUGUGGCCCCUUUGUCCUCCCACCCUUCCUUCCUGCACCCCAGUUCUUGGGGGUGCCAAGGUCUGCCUCUCCUGGCACUUGCCCUGGGGAGUGGGGUAGCUCCUCCAGGGCACCCCGGCUCCAUGCCACGGUGGCCCCUUUCCCAGAGCCCACCCCCGCUGAGUGCGGUCCAGUGUCUUCCGGGAAGACCCUCCUCCAGGCCUGCAUUCUUCACCUUGUUGGGAAAUGCCCCAGAACGAGGGCGCCGGUCCCCAUGGGACUCAGCCCCCUGACCUCUCUGACCCCAUGCAGCUCCCAUUCUGAGGUCUGAACUGGAGGUCGGCACUCCCUGGCCGCGGUUGGCUGGCUCUCUGCCAGGCCACCAAGCCGGAUGUGUUUGCUGCCAUGAUUCCUGGUCCCAACGGCAGACUUCUCCCAGCACAAGACCCACUGGACCCGCAGGAGAAGGAAAGCUGUGGCCAGAGCCAGGCAGGGAAGACCAGCCAAAUUGACCAGGGGCCUUUGCAUGGCCUCUCAGGAAAGCUGUCACUGCCAGGGGGAACCAGGGACCCAGUGCCAGCAAUGAGGACAGCUGAUUAGUGUCCCUUCCUUUCUCCUGUCCCCCAUCUUCUUUUUCCCUUUAUUUCCUUUCUUAACACGGGAGCAAGUGUCCGGCUGGAGGAGGGACCUAGGUGUGUGUCCCGCCCACACGGGGGGGGGGGGCUCAGGCUGCUGGGAGCCUGGGGCGUAGACCCAGCUGUGUGUGCAGAGGACCUGAGGGGCCGUACUCUGCAGGCACGUGGACGCUCUGCUCCUGAGCGACACCUCGGCUUAGUCCAGGUGAGGAUGAGCCCCUCUCCUUCCCCCAGUGCCCUGUGGAGCUGCCUGUAGCAUCAUGAUCCUGGCCCUGGGGACAGGAGGGACCCUGGUGGGAACCAUGUUCCAAGUGGGGCUCUAGGUGUGGGACCCAUGCUGGAAAUACGUUAAGAGGGCCAGGUGUGGCUCCGUGGCAGACCUGGCCUGGCCUGUGCCAGGCCCUGGGUGGGAUCCCCAGCCACGCACCACCCCCAGUAAAAGGAGAGAAGACGUUAGCUUCCUGGCAAGGAAGGGUCUGGCCAGCCCACCUGUGAGCGCAGGUCUUCAAAGUGGCGCUGCCACCGUCCCGGUGCUCCUGGCCCCGUUUCCACACCACAGGUGCCGCCUCGGGGUCCAGAUCCACAGCCUGCUGUCCACAGUGACCGUGGGCUUUGGUGGUGAUCGUUGAUACCGCUCGGGUCCAAGUGAGAAUCCAGGCUUGUUUUUACUUUCCAUAGUUUUAAUGACAGCAGAAUCAUCAUCGUAACAAUCCGAGGUGAAGGCUGUGUUAGCCCAGUGUUGCUCGCUCGAUCCUAGGGGUAGGAUUUUAAUACUUUCUUAAUCCAGCUUUUCAAGCCUUCUGGAGACUGCAAGAAGGAAUUACAAAAUGUGAUCCUUUUUUAAUCAAUUUUCAAUCAUCGCCUAGUCCUGCCAAGGUAAUUGUGUGCCUCUGUGUUGAUUUUGCAAUAUAUACCAAUAAUUGUGAAAACGA